AUGAACGAAAUCGUCAUGGCAGACUCGCAGCCUCCCGUACAGGUUUCGACGCCGCAGAGCCAGCCGGCAACCCAGCCGCCGAGCAGCACCACGCCCGAUGUCGCGAUGGGCUCCGUCGCCCCUAUCCAGCAGCAACAGCAGCACCAGACGAGGGUCCAGUUUGCUACCGGACAUGGCCAGCAGCCUCACGCGCCAUGGGAUAAUAGGAAGUGGCGUGAUGAGUACGAGCUCGCCCGGGCCAAGCUCUCAGACCAGACCUUCAACAUCGGCAACUACCCUGACCCGCUUCUGCCGAGAGAGCCGCUGAAGCAGCCGAAGGGCUCGGAGGAGGCAGAGCAGCGCCUGAGGGAGCUGAUGGCCAAGAUUGAGGGACGCCCGACGGGUGCCUGA